AUGGAUGACUACUCUAGAUACGGUUACCUAUAUUUGAUACAUGAGAAAUCCCAAACCCUAGACGUUUUUAAGACUUUCAAGGCUAAGGUUGAACUUCAACUUGGAAAGAAAAUUUUGGUUGUCAAAUAUGACCGUGGUGGUGAGUACUAUGGCAGAUAUGAUGGAUCAGGAGAACAACGUCCAGGACCUUUUGCGCUUUUCCUCAAAGAGUGUGGAAUUGUUCCGCAAUACACUAUGUCGGGCAAACCCAGCAUGAAUGGUGUAGCAAAACGAAGAAACCGAACUAUUAAGGAUAUGGAAGUUGAGUUUGGGAAGGAAGAGAACAUAAGGAAUGUUGUCUUUGAGGAAGAACCUGUUAUUUACAGUGAUCAAGUCCUCGUAUCCAUUACUAUUCAAGAUAUAACUCCAGUAAUAGAAGACAAUGUUCAAAUUAUUGACAUUGUUCCAGAACAAGACAACAAUGAGGAUGGUGUUGGUUUAACAGAGGAUGAUCCAAUCAACUUCUGUCAAGCUAUGCACAGUUCUAACUCUCAAAAUUGGACUGACGCCAUGAAGGAUGAGAUGAAGCCUAUGAAUGACAAUGAAUUUUGGAAUCUAGUCGAAUUGCAUGAAGGUGUGAAACCUAUUGGUUGUAAAUGGAUAUUUAAAACCAAGAAAGAUUCAAAGGGUAAUAUCGAGAGAUAUAAGGCUCGUCUAAUUGCUAAAGGCUUUACUCAGAAGGAAGGCAUUGACUAUAAAGAAACCUUUUCUCUGGUAUCUUUAAAGGAUUCUUUUGGUUAA